CCUCAAGUUUCCACCCUGCAUUUCACACUUACAUAUUUUCAAGACUCUUGUGUGUUGUAUAUCCAUUUGCAAAUAUGGCUCAUUCAGAUUCAGACCCACCUCUCCUUAACCAUUAUGGUACACUUUUAUGCCACUCCACUCAAUGGGAUGAACCUCAAACCCGAGUUACCAUGGAAGAAUGCCAGCUUCCAUUGAUUGACUUGUGUGAUUUAGGCAGUGACGACGAAAUGGUUCGCCGAGCUUGUGCUGCCGCCAUUUGCAAAGCAUCAUCGGAAUGGGGCUUUUUCCAAGUGGUGAACCAUGGCAUUAGCUCUCAACUAGUCGACAAGAUGAGAUGCGAGCAAGUGAAAUUAUUCCGAGCACCCUUUGAAACGAAAGCCACCAGUGGACUGUUGAAUAAUUCUUACAGGUGGGGAAGCCCUAGGGCUACUUGUCCUAACCAAUUCUCCUGGUCCGAAGCUUUUCAUGUCCCUCUCACCAAAGUCUCGGAUGAAGCUUGCUAUGGAGACUUCAAAUCUUUAAGGGAAGUGAUGACAUGUUUUGCAGCAGCCAUGUCGGAGCUGUCGAGGCUUCUAGCAGGGAUCCUGACUGAAAAUCUGGGCAACUGGAAACAAGCAUCGAUCAGCAACAUAUGCGACGAAACAACAUGUUUCCUUCGCCUGAAUCACUACCCAGCAUGUCCAAUAUCUCCGGAGAUUUUCGGUUUAGUGCCUCACACCGACAGCGAUUUCCUAACGAUUCUUUGCCAAGAUCAAGUUGGAGGGCUUCAACUCAUGAAAGACUCCAAAUGGGUGACCGUCAAACCUAACAAAGAUGCUCUUAUAGUCAACAUUGGGGACCUUUUCCAGGCAUGGAGCAAUGAUGUUUACAAAAGCGUGGAACACAAGGUGGUUUCCAAUGCAACAACGGACAGAUACUCCAUAGCUUAUUUCCUUUGCCCUUCUUACGAUUCUUUGAUCGAGAGCUUCGUAAAACCUUCCAUUUACAGAAGAUUUACUUUCAGGGAAUACAGAGAACAAGUUCAAGAAGAUGUCAGAAAAACAGGGUACAAGGUUGGCCUUCCCAGGUUUCUACUUAAGGGCUCCGAGGACUUAACAACAACAACAACAGAGUCAAAUACUAGACUAUAUAUUCCAAGCAUAACAGCCAAGAGCUAAACGAAAUCCUAUUAGCAUAAUUUAACACAAGUUAAAAGAGAAAAGAGAAACUAAUAUGUUUAUUUGUAUUCUUAAUUUUGAUUCAAAAGGGGGAUAUUGUAUUUUGGUGUUCUAGUAAUGUAUAUGGAAUUUUAUGACUACUAUAAAAGAUAGGGCAGUUUGAGAAA